CUUUGGUAUUUGCUUUGUUCUGGUGGCUUUGAGCUAGAGAGGGAAUGUGUAGAUGGAAGCGUUGUACGGGUUGGAGGGGGUUUGGAGGCAUAGUAUUGAUAUUUCUCUCUUUUUCUUUCCAAGCUACUUUUGUUCUGAAUGAUUUGGUUAAUAGGACAGUUCGGGGACUUGCAGGGUUGUCGAGCAGAUGAGAAUUGGAAAGAUGAAUGUUGCACAAACGGAAGAUUUCGAAAUUAGGAAGCGGGAAGAAGAAAUGGACUGAAAAGCAAAGGGCGGCUUCAACCUCCCUGGAACUGUGUACGAGUGCGAGAAUGGCAAGGAAACCCGAUGUCAGCAAUACCACUUGCCCCCGCUAGCACAAAAGAUUCAGGCGUGUCUCCCUCAAUCACUUGUGCAGACCCGUCACUAGACAACUACACCUGCUCGUGCGCAUGUACAAACGGCCUGAUAUUCAAGCAACCACCGCCCCGACCUGGCCACGGUAGCAGCGAGAGCUGCUAUCUUUCGUUUGCCACGUGCCAGGCAGACCAGAGCCAAUACCUCGAGCGCGAGCAGAAUCUUAUGAAGCAACUGAUUGAGAAGCAGGAGGAACUCACCCGGCGCAUUGAUGAGUGGAAGGCAGAGAAAAAGAAAGGCACCGUCAGCGAUCACUCGUAUAUUGGCUGCUACAUCAAUGCCGGCACACCCGUAUUAGCAGGCGUCACCCUCGCAAAAUCCAUGACAAACUCGGUCGACUUGUGUGAGAGAAGACGUCGUGGGUCUGAUUUUUUUUUCGCCGUGGAAGAUGGACAGACGUGCUUGUGCGCGGGCGGAUUUGGCAACGGCAUCAAGCGUGCUGAUCCCGCUCAGUUUUCAGUACCGUGUCCUGGAAAUCCAUCGCAGAAGUGUGGAGGGCUGUGGAGAGCAGCGGUUUAUUCAAAAUAGAGUUGAAGAGAAAAAGCGUCUAUGGCUAAGGCGGUAGUUGUGUGGGAUUGGAUUGGAAAUGGAGCGUAAGAAGUUAGUGUCUUGGUGGGACUCAAGUUGGGAUAUACCGGUGAAUAGAAAUAGU